AAUUGAAACAAGGUUGGCAGUGUUUGAGGCAGUGUGCUGCGGCUGAGCUCAGCUUAAAGGUCGCUGGAAAUCAAGUGCUUUGUAAGUGAAGGCAUUUUGACUACAAGCAAUUCAAGACAUUUUGGAAACGUCAGUCUCAGGAAUGGGCCGUCUUUUUCUUUCUAUUAUAUCUGGUCUCUAAGGUUUUACUUAGGAUAAAGACUACUACUUAAGAGCUCUUUCAGGCACCACAAAUGAUUUUUUCUUUCGAUGCAGUGCAGCUGCUUCUAGCCUGUCUACCGACAGAGAUCUUUGUUAUGACUUUCAGCCCUUAACAUGUUUGGAAAUGAGAACAAAUGGCACAAAGCUUACGAUUGCACUUUGCAGCCAGAAGAAGCAAUACUUACCCUUUGUCAGAAACCUCCGGAGAUGAUCUGGAUAGCCAUGUUCACUUGGGCUUCACCAGACCAACGCGGAUUUCAGCGUCUAACGUGGUUCAAAUGAAGCUGACUCCCAGACAGACUGCACUAGCUCCGUUAGGAAAGGAAAACGUUAAGUCUCAGGAAAGAUCAUCUGUUCCUUCACCUGAAAAUGUUCAUAAAAAGAGCAGCUGUCUGCAGAUUUCACUCCAACCAACAAGGUACAGUGGAUGUCUUCAGUCUAGCAAUGUCUUAGCUGAUGGAGACGAUGCUUCAUUUACUUGUGUCUUGAAGGAUGGCAGUGCUGUGGUUGAUAAUGAGCUGAAUGCCGUGGAUGAUGGUAACCUAUUAAGCAGUUCUGCCGUUUGCAGUGGUAGCCUUAGCAACUUUCCAGCCAGUGAGAAUGGGUCUUACAGCAGCAACGGUAGUGAUUAUGGGUCAUGCACAAGUGUCACCAGUGGCGGUUCAUACACCAACAGUAUCAUCAGUGACAGCAGUGGUUAUACUUUUCCACCAACCGAUGAUACCUUCUUUGGUGGAAAUUUAUCUUCUGACAGCACCUCAAAUAGAAGUGUGCCAAACAGGAAUACUACGCCAUGUGAAAUUUUUUCAAGAAGUACAAGUACAGUUCCCUUUGUCCAGGAUGACUUGGAUCAUGGACUAGAGAUCAUGAAAUUGCCAAUGAGCAGGAACUCGAAGAUUCCACUGAAACGUUGUUCAUCCUUAGUCAUUUUUCCUAGGAGUCCUUCAAAUACCCCACCAGCUUCUCCAACAACUACAGGUACUCUUCCAAGCAAAGGAUCCUAUCAAACCUCCCACCAGUUUAUUAUUUCUCCUAGUGAAAUUGCCCACAGUGAAGAUGGCACUGGUGCUAAGGGAUUUCUUUCAACAGCUGUCAAUGGACUUCGGUUAUCUAAAACGGUCUGUACUCCCGGAGAAGUAAGAGACAUACGACCACUUCACAGGAAGGGCUCAUUACAAAAGAAAAUUGUAAUUGCAAAUAAUAGUCCAAAUCAGACUGUCUGUGAAAAGCCAUCUGAAGGAUACUCUUGUGUUUCAGUGCAUUUCACCCAACAAAAAGCAACUACAUUAGACUGUGAAACAGCAAAUGGUGAUUGUAAACCAGAGAUGUCAGAAAUUAAACUUAAUUCUGACUCAGAGUAUAUUAAGCUUAUGCAUAGGACAUCUUGUUUACCAUCUUCCCAAAAUGUAGAUUAUCAAAUAAAUAUCAAUGGGCAGUUGGAAAGACCAAAUUUACAGAUAAACAAAAACCAUGCUGUUUUACAAAGAAGUAUUUCAUUGGGAGGAAUUUAUCCAAAUGUUUCCUGUUUAUCCAGCCUUAAGCACAACUGUUCUAAGGGGGGACCAUCUCAAUUACUCAUCAAAUUUGCAUCUGGAAAUGAAGGUAAAGUUGAUCAUAUAUCAAGAGACAGCAACAGAGAUUUCACAAAUAAACUAUCUAAUUCUUUAAAGCAUUCUUGUAAGACAAGAGAUGAUUUCCUAGGUCAAGUGGAUGUUCCCCUUUAUCCAUUACCGACAGAAAAUCCAAGAAUGGAGAGACCAUAUACCUUUAAGGAUUUUGUUCUUCACCCGAGAAGUAACAAAUCAAGAGUUAAAGGUUAUCUGAGAUUGAAAAUGACUUAUUUACCUAAAACCAGUGGCUCCGAAGAAGAUAACACCGAACAGGCUGAGGAAUUAGAGCCUGGCUGGGUAGUUUUGGACCAACCGGAUGCUGCUUGCCAUUUGCAGCAUCAGCAAGAACCUUCUCCUCUACCUCCAGGAUGGGAAGAGAGACAGGAUAUUCUUGGAAGGACCUACUAUGUAAACCAUGAAUCUAGAAGAACACAGUGGAAAAGACCAACCUUUCAGGACAACCUAACAGAUGCUGAGAAUGGUAACAUGCAGCUGCAAGCACAGCGUGCUUUUACCACCAGACGGCAGAUAUCUGAGGAAACAGAAAGUGUCGACAAUCGGGAGUCUUCCGAGAACUGGGAAAUUAUAAGAGAAGAUGAAGCCAACAUGUUUGGCAAUCAGGCCUUCCCAUCAUCUCCACCAUCGAGUAACGUGGAUGUCCAGACUCAUCUUGCAGAAGGAUUAAAUGCCAGACUCACUAUUUGUGGAAAUUCAGCCACUGGCCAGCCAGUAGCCAGCUCAAAUCAUUCCAACAGAAGAGGCAGCUUACAAGCCUAUACUUUUGAGGAACAGCCUACACUUCCUGUGCUUUUGCCUACUUCGUCUGGGUUACCGCCAGGUUGGGAAGAAAAACAAGACGAAAGAGGAAGAUCGUAUUAUGUGGAUCACAACUGCAGAACUACUACCUGGACAAAGCCCACUGUACAGGCUGCAGUGGAGACGAGUCAGCUGCCAUCAAGCCAGGGUUCUUCUGCAGGCCCUCCACCCCAGGCCCCGCCGAGCGAGGCGGCGCAGCAGGUGGCCCAGCUGUCUGAAAUGGAGCAAGGCUUCCUUCCUAAAGGCUGGGAAGUCCGGCACGCGCCCAAUGGGAGGCCCUUCUUCAUUGACCACAACACCAAAACCACCACCUGGGAAGAUCCAAGACUGAAAAUUCCAGCUCACCUGAGAGGAAAGACGUCUCUUGAUUCUUCCAGUGACCUGGGGCCUUUACCUCCAGGAUGGGAAGAAAGAACUCACACUGAUGGAAGAAUCUUCUACAUAAAUCAUAAUAUAAAAAGAACCCAGUGGGAAGAUCCUCGGUUGCAGAAUGUAGCAAUAACCGGACCAGCAGUGCCCUACUCCAGGGAUUACAAAAGAAAGUAUGAGUUCUUCCGAAGAAAGUUGAAGAAGCAGAAUGACAUUCCAAACAAAUUUGAGAUGAAACUUCGCCGCGCAACUGUCCUUGAAGACUCUUACAGGAGAAUCAUGGGAGUCAAGAGGGCAGACUUCCUCAAGGCUAGGUUGUGGAUCGAGUUCGAUGGUGAAAAGGGACUGGAUUACGGAGGAGUCGCCAGAGAAUGGUUCUUUCUGAUUUCAAAGGAAAUGUUUAACCCUUACUAUGGGUUGUUUGAAUAUUCUGCUACGGACAAUUACACCCUGCAGAUAAAUCCCAACUCUGGGUUGUGUAAUGAAGACCACCUCUCUUACUUCAAGUUUAUUGGCCGGGUAGCUGGGAUGGCAGUGUAUCACGGCAAACUGUUGGAUGGUUUUUUCAUCCGCCCAUUUUACAAGAUGAUGCUGCACAAGCCAAUAACACUUCAUGACAUGGAAUCAGUGGAUAGUGAGUAUUACAAUUCACUAAGAUGGAUUCUUGAAAAUGAUCCAACAGAACUGGACCUCAGGUUUGUCAUAGAUGAAGAACUCUUUGGACAGACACAUCAACAUGAGUUGAAAAAUGGUGGAUCAGAAAUAGUUGUCACCAAUAAGAACAAAAAGGAAUAUAUUUAUCUUGUUAUACAAUGGCGAUUUGUAAACCGAAUCCAGAAGCAAAUGGCUGCUUUUAAAGAGGGGUUUUUUGAACUGAUCCCACAGGAUCUCAUCAAAAUUUUCGAUGAAAAUGAACUAGAGCUUCUGAUGUGCGGCUUGGGAGAUGUCGAUGUAAAUGACUGGCGAGAACACACAAAGUACAAAAACGGCUACAGCGUAAAUCAUCAGGUCAUCCAGUGGUUUUGGAAGGCCGUCUUAAUGAUGGAUUCAGAGAAGCGGAUAAGAUUACUUCAGUUUGUCACGGGCACAUCUCGUGUGCCGAUGAAUGGAUUUGCCGAACUGUAUGGCUCAAACGGACCACAGUCGUUUACUGUCGAACAGUGGGGCACCCCCGAGAAGCUGCCAAGAGCUCAUACGUGCUUUAAUCGCUUGGACUUGCCACCCUAUGAAUCAUUUGAAGAAUUAUGGGAUAAGCUACAGAUGGCCAUAGAGAACACUCAGGGUUUUGAUGGCGUUGAUUAGAUUACAAGUAACCAUUGAUGGUGUUUUACUGCCACUUUUUUCUAAGCAAAUUCUUAAAAUUUUCCAGGGAACGACUAACCCUUGGCUGCUGAUUCUCCCCAAAUAUUGGAGAAAAUCAUAUCAAAGCGUUAGAAGAAGUAGUGUGACAACUUUGCCAUUGUUUCAUUCACGUAAAUAACACGUUGCAUUUACACAGCUGUUUGGUUCUAACUUGAGUUCACGCCCUAGGAUGUGUGCCUGACAUCGUGAGUUUUGUCCUUGGCAUUUACCUCUUUCCCAGUAUUUUCCAGGCAGUUCUUAAACUACUGAAAUUGUAACUGUGAAAUAUUCGUGGUAAGUGUCAUGUGUGAAAAGUGUGAUGCCUUUUGAGAAGGAAAACUGAAAUUGGGGGGAAAAGAACUUUAAUACUGAGUACACUACAGAACAUUCAGUGCUGCCUGCGGCUAGUUGUUAUUUUGUAGACCUGCCUACUGCACCUUACUGCCCAGAUUUUUGGAAUAAUCUUGGAAAGUGUGUUACCUGCAUUUUUAGUCAACUGACUCACUUGCAAAAAAAAAAAACUGUUUACUUCUUCGUUUUAAAAGUAUUCAGCUUUUGUUAAUAUGCGGUUCUACUAAACAAGGUGGUUCAUAAGACAUGUGAAGCAAAGUCAGAUUUGCAAAGGGUGAAAGGUGUUCACGCCGCCCUCUUGCCUGUAUAUCCUUAUGGCUCGUGGACAGAGUCAUACUCUUUCCUGUUGUAGUUAAAAGAAUUCCUUCUUCAAACUAAAGCUCGACGAAGCAGUAUUCCUAAGUAUGCCUUGAAGAACUAAGUUAAAUGUAUAGUCCUUGCCUUUACUAGUCAUUCUUUACACUUGCACAAUUACGUAGUAAAUGUAUGUUUACAGGGUUUAUUAUGUUUACAGAUUAAGCUAAUUUCUGUAGUUGCAUUUUUAUGUUUUUAGUGUUCCACUUCAGUCCAAAAAAAAAAAAACCCAAAUAAUUUGUUAAAAAUAACCAAAGAAUAGUUAUGAUGCGUAAUUUGUAUUAAAUUUAUUACCAUAUUUCUUAUGCUUUUUAAAAAUACUGUUUACUAUGAAAAUGAAGUUUUGCUAUGAAUCCAAAACUCUUUAGGCCAAAUACUACAAACAGACUCCUGCUUUAAGUAGACUGAAGGACGUAAAAAUCCUGUGCAUGCAUUCAGCCAGCAUUUCCUGAAUGCUGUGCUCUGUGCACAGCUCUGUGCUGGGCCCUGGGGUGAGAGUCAUCAGUUUUAAAAGAAAUCUAGCUGAGUCCUCAUCCUCAAGGAACUGAGAGACGUGUAAAGGAAAUUUCAGACAAUCAAAAGUAGGAGUGAGCGGAAUAAGGCAAAAGGGAAAGUGUUCUAGUGCACUUGCAAAGAUAAAGUGUGCCAAGACUGUAUUUAUACGUUUUAUACCUUUAUUGGAAUGAUUAUAUAGAAGAUGCUCUUGCAAAAAGUUAAAGCUAUUUCUCAAUAUGGUAUCUUGGUGAUUUAGGAAUAAUUGUAAAUAUAUGUUAUGAGUCUUCUUUUAUAUUUACAUAUACACACACUCUGAGAGUUAUGAAAAGUGCAUCUGGCUGUUGGUUAAAGUUUGCCAGAGUCUAACACAAUGGGUACCUUUCUGCACCUGGUAGAGAUCUCACAUGUGACAGCAGCAAAACCACUUUCCAAACACCACAUCUACAGCUCGGCUUAGGGACGGUAGUUCACAGAUCAGUGCACUCUGUGUCUUACCUUCACCCAUGCUAACCAGCAUGCAGGGAAGGCCUCCAGGUGCAGCGCUGAUUUUAUCACUUACCAAAUGUUUAAAAUGAAGCCACAUACUCAGCCUCACUGGGCUCUUAAUUUUUCAUCUAAAGAAAAUAAUCAUGCCGGCUCUCAUAGUCAUGUAAGAUUGUUGUAUGUUCCAGAGAUGCUUUGUACAACAUCGUACAGUCAGAAGAUGCUUUGUGCUGACCAUCAGCACAAAGAUUUUGUCAGAUCAGCUGUGAACAGGAACCACCCUCCUGAAGAAGAAUCUCUUUGUUUAAAGAUAAAAUGACUGCUGACAGACAAGGAAGCAGGCCCAUCUCUGAUGUUGAAUGCAUACAGAUACGCGUGUACAUGUGUUUGUCUCUUCGUGGGUCUUACCAUCAGAAUUCAUUUUCUCCUUCCUCAUGAGCAAAGUAAUAUUAACAUGGGCCAAUGCAUUAUGGAAUGUUCUCAUUAUGUAGAACUGAACGUGAAAACUAGUUUUGUUAAAACAGGAUUUUACCACAUGAUUGUUUAAAUAUCACUUCUGUGAAAUAUAGCAGAUAUCAGAGCUUAAGAAAAUAGAAAGCUUGCUUUUCACCUGACUCAUUGGAUGAUUCUGUGGCUCAGAAGGUGUUAACAAGGUAUAAUGAGACCAGAUACUCCCACAGCCUCCAGCCACAGAGCAUCAUCCCCUUUGUCUCCCAAGUGUGCACCAGUGGUCCAGAAGGAACCUGUAUCAAGCAAUGCAGCCCCUCAUCCCAGAUAGAAAAGUAUCUCGAAUGCAUUCUACAGCUGGAGAAUGAAUAGAGUCAUUUUCAUAAAGGAUGUCAUAUUUUUUUAGAAACUAUAAGCACAUAAUUUUAACCUAUAUUUUCUCUGUAAUCAGAUUUUAACAGACAUAAAAUUGUGUUACAAAUGCAUUUCAUCCUAAUAUAAAUGGUAUUUGUUUUCAUUUUUUAUUUAUAAUGCUGAAAUUAUUCCAGAUAAUUAUCAAGGCAAACAAUUCGUUUUCAUUACAAGCCACUCGACAUUGUAUUUUUAAAUCUCUUAUGGGAAAAAUAUAUGAAGAUUAAUGUGUCAAAAUUUAUUGCAUACUUUAAAAUAUAAAAUCAUUUUUUAAAAAUCUUGAUGCCACAAAUAAAAUUCUAUUCUAGUAAAAACAAAAA